AUGGUAGCAGCUAAUAUGAGUGGAAGAGAGAAAAAGAAAUUGCUCAUUAUUGGAAAGUCACAAAAACCAAGAUGUUUUAGAAGUGUCAAAUCAUUACCUGUCGAUUAUGCUAACAAUCGUAAAGCUUGGAUGACGUCAGAACUUUUUGAAAAAUGGCUUCGUGAUUGGGAUCGUGAUUUGGUGAAGAAGAAGAAAAAGAUUCUAUUGCUGGUUGAUAAUUGCCCGGCGCAUCCAAAUGUUACUGAUUUAAAGUCUAUAGCACUUGCUUUCCUUCCGCCGAAUACAACAGCAGCACUACAGCCAAUGGAUCAGGGAGUAAUACGAUCACUCAAAACGAAUUUUAGGAACAACCUUGUGCUCAAAAUGAUUAACUGUCUUGAUGCUAAUGAAAACAACUCUUCUACAAAAAUAACGGUGCUAGAUGCAAUUCUGAUGGUUAAUGAUGCCUGGAAUAAAAUUUCACAAAGUAACAUUCGUAACUGUUUCAAACAUGCAGGAUUCAUUGAAAGCCACGACGGUUUACCUAUUCAAAUAUCAGAACAUGAAUUCGAUGAAGAAGAUGACAUUCCUUUAUUUUUGUGGUCACGAAACCUAAAUUCAGAUUCUUUUGCAGCACCGGAAAUGUGGGAAGAUUAUGUUGACAUCGAAAGCGCUCUCCUCACAUCCGAAGUGCUAAGAAACAACUCGAAAGUGAUGGUGAAGAGGAAGUCGAGCAAGAACCAUUACCUACCGCAGAUUAUUAUCACGAUUUGUUCACAGCAAUAUUGA